AUGGCCUCCCGCCCAUCCUCUCCGGCGAGCAGCACGCUGGAUCCCCUGCCAGACAUUUUGCGACACGGCCUGGUGGCUGUCGCCUUCUUCGGCAUCCUCUCUCUCGUUGCCACUUCCAUCCUGUUCACCUAUCUUACCUAUCGACUUUGUUCCUGGUACUUCACAGGCCAGCUUCGGAAUGGUGCUAACCAGUUCUUCCUCCUGAUAUACAACCUGGUUCUGGCCGACAUUCAACAAGCCUUGGCUUUUACACUGACUGCUCGUUACCUCGCAACAGAUAAGAUCCAGGUUGGAACGACGACGUGCUGGGCGAAUGGUUGGUUCAUCUCCACCGGAGAUUUAGCAUCGGGGGUGUUCAUUCUUGCAAUUGCCAUUCAUACCUACUUCUUCCUGGUCAAGGGCCAACGAGUCUCCAACAAGGCGUUCAUUACAGGAAUCGCAUGCGCGUGGAUAUUUGUCUAUGGGAUGGCCGCCAUUGGUGUUGCAAUGGAUCGAGACUUGUACGUGAGGGCUGGCGCAUGGUGCUGGAUCAACCAUAAACACGAGAGCCUCCGCCUCUGGCUACACUAUUUCUGGAUUUUCAUUUGCAUGUUUGGAACUGUCGCCGUAUAUGCGCUGAUAUUUCUCUCAAUUCGCACCCAGUCACGGCGCAACUCACAAGGGACCCUGGCUCUCCCCGAUAAUGGAAGCAAUGCCGCGGUUCUGAGACGUGCUGCGCGAUACAUGGUCAUCUAUCCUGUGGUUUAUGUGAUCUGCACUCUACCACUUGCAGGCGGUCGCAUGGCGUCCAUGACGGGAAGUCCAGUCCCAUAUUGGUGGUACUGUUUGGCUGGGGCUGCUAUCACAUCCUGCGGCUGGUUAGAUGUGCUUUUAUAUGCCUGCACCAGACGUGUCCUGGUAUUCAGCGCCGAUGCUCCCGCAGUGGAUGAUAUUGGCUUGGACACCUUUGGCUGGAAAUAUUCCAGCGACGGAUUUUGGGGCACCACGACUACAAUAACAGGGCCCUUGGGCGAUGGAGACCUUCAAAGACGGGACAGGAGAGGGGGUUUCGGCCGGUCCACGCCUCAUUCGCUCCAAGCUAGAGCCUCAGACGAACAGCAUUUUGCAGGUCAGCCCACAGGGGUUAUCACUGCAAGAACCGACGUCGAGAUCCGCUCCGGCUCCAUACCUCAGUAUGUCACGGAUCCUGUCCCUCUUCCGCGCUAUGCUCUGUCAGAAACGAGCGGGUGUGACACGGAGGGGAAGAGUGGUCAUGAGUUGGUCUGGCUAGAUGAGGGCGGAUCAGCGUUGUGA